GUUGGGUCAAGUUGCCAGCGCAUUCGCGUCGGUUUCGUUUCGUUUUGUCUUUAAGUUUUUGUUUAGGGCGCCUCACUUCAUUUUAUCGGAAAGAGAAAACUUGUUUGGUUGGCGAGAUGAUGAUGCCCCAAAAUCUGUGUGGAAUGAACAAAAAUGUAUCGAUCUUGUGUGUUGUUGAAUGUGUUAAAAUCAAUUAGCAUACUGCUGUUGCCGCUUGUGUUUCUGUCCCUGACCCCAUCAUUUUGUUGUGCCACCAGCAGUCGAACGGAACUGAAUGAAACGCUUGUCUUUGCCACCGAGCAGUUGCAGGCCUUUAAGGUCUUUGACGAUGAGCAGCCGGCCGGUCAGGUAUCGGCUCGCAGCUUCAUCUGUGUGCCCCUCUUUCGGAUCUUCAGUCUGGAGCUGAGGCACAACAUUCGUCUGGCUGCCGACGAGUACAUAGCCGUCAGCGGGGAUCAUGCCUCACUUGGCCACUGGCAGCUGGAGAAGGCAGUGCCCAUGAAGGAGCAGGACAAAGCCAGGACCAAGUGGUAUCUCCGUUUGUGGGUGUGUGCCAGUCAGCGGUUCUACUAUCGCUACCUGAUCUACUCGAAAAAUGGCCAGGGCAAGCGGAUACUGCGCAGCUGGGAGGGCCAGAAGAUAGCCAGAAUGAUGCAGACCUACGAGAUCUAUCGUUCCCCCGGCCUGGACAUAUUCGGUGAAGCGUAUCCCCGUUCGGUGGGUGGUGGUUUCCACCUGGAGCGCGGCUGGUUGCAGCAUGAGUACGUCAUUGAGUUGAAAUUCGUGUGGCAGGAGCACAUGAUCAUCUCUGGGCUGGGCAGCAAGGCCAAGCUGCGAUUGCUGCUGACGCCCCUCAAUGUGAUUGAUGACUCACGGAUUGAGGUCUCCCGAUACGCCUACAAUCAUUCCGAGUUCCGGCCACUCUCCCAGCUGGGAGUGAAGUAUAGCCAGGGCUCGAUUGUGAUAUUUCGCAUCAGUCAGCCGCUGAACAUCUACAAUGCCUUCCGCCUGUCCAUCUAUCAGACUGGCAGCAGCAGCAAGCCGUCACUGGGCGAGGUCUACAUUUUUCCCGAGCAAAUCCGUGGCAGUCGCGGCACCCUACAGCUGCCGAUCUUCGCCAGCCUACAGACCAGGGCCAUUGGACAGCUUAGUCUGCCCUACUUGGUGGUGCUGCCCAUGCCCAAGGUGGAAGCGGGCAAUCUGCGGGAAAGCUUCCAUCACUACUGGCCCGACAAUUGGCCCACCAUGGAUGUGGGCUAUCGAGGAGUGGGCGCCAGCUACUACCAGGCAUCGACCGCACACACAGAGAACACCAUCGAAAGUUUCAUGGCAGUGAUGAGGGUCCGUGGAGAUAUGGUCCAGCUGGACGUCCAGCUCACCAAGGACUACGUGCCCAUUGUCUGGCAUGGCUUUGGGUUCUACACUGCGGCCAAGGAUCAACAGAUCAGAGAUCGCUUUGAUCUGCGCUACGUGCUGAUUAGGGAACUAACCUACGCGGAGCUCAAGGCCAGUCGCGUGUUCAUUCUGAAGCGUUGGAGCCUGCAGGAGUACUCGCACCUUAACCUAAGGGACGCCAGCCAAAGCCAAAGAAUCUUUCCCAAACUGUCGGAGGUGUACGAGACGCUGCCCAAGUCAUUGGGCCUCCUGGUGGAGAUCAAGUGGCCCCAAUUGAUGGCUUCGGGUCUACUGGAGUCCACACAGAGCCUCAACAAGAAUGUCUAUGUGGAUAGAAUCCUGCAGACCACGAUUCGCUAUGGCUGCGGUCGUCCUCUGAUCUUUGCCAGCUUCGAUGCGGACAUCUGCACCAUGAUCCGGCUCAAGCAACAGGUCUUUCCCGUCAUCCUGAUGAGCAUUGGCCGAUCGCACAUCUGGGAUCCCUACAUGGAUCUCAGAGCCCAGAGCUACCAGCAGGCUGUCAAUUUUGCUCAUUCCGCAGACAUUCUGGGCACCGCGCUGCACGUGGAGAACUUUGCGCAGAAGCAGCAACUGGUGAGCGUUGCUCUGGACCUCAAGCAGGUGCUCUUUCUGUGGGGCAAUGAUCUGCAGAAUGAGCAUUUGCUGGAGCAAUUUCGUGCCCUGGAUGUGAGUGGCCUGAUCUAUGAUCAAAUGGACCGUGUGGGUCCAGCCAGCUGGAAACGUUCCUCCUUUUUUAGAGCGCCCCAACUGCUGGAACUGUUUGGGGCUCAGUGUGUGGCAAGUGGGAAUUCAUCGAGCAUCCCGGGCGCAAAGCCACCAAAGCCAACCAUUUGGCCAAAAUUGAGAUAAGAGGAGACAGGGGGGUGGAGAGAGUGU